AUGGGAAACAGAGUUCUGGGCUUUGGGGUUCUUCUGCUUGUUAUGUGGUAUGGAGUUUCAGUGGCUGUGGGGUACACUGGUGACCCAGAUGAAGAUUUGAGGAAAGAGAAGGAGGGGAAAGAAGGGAUGCCGGGAAGUGGUGACAUGAGGAGGCCAGAGUAUGAGAAACCAGAAUCAGAAAAAGAAGAUUGGUAUUUGCUGCCACACUCAAGGCAAGUGGUGAAAACUGAAGCAGGGGAGAUGAGUGUUGUGAUGAGGGUGGGAGGGAGAGUUGUUGAUAAGCCAAUGCAUAUUGGGUUUAUUACAAUGGAGCCCAAGUCCCUCUUCAUCCCUCAGUAUCUUGACUCAAACCUCGUCCUCUUUGUCCGCAGAGGGGAAGCAAAGGUGGGUUUGAUUUACAGAAAUGAACUGGGGGAGAGGAGAUUGAAGGCUGGGGAUGUUUAUAGAAUUCCAGCUGGUUCUCCAUUUUACUUGGUGAAUACAGGGGAAGGACAGAGGCUUCAUAUCAUCUGCAGCCUGGACACAUCUGAGAGCUUGGGGCUUGGUUCUGUGCAGUCUUUCUUCAUUGGUGGAGGAAUCAACCCACAAUCUGUACUUGCUGGGUUUGACCAUGACAUACUCACAAAUGCCUUCAAUGUCUCAUCAUCAGAACUAACAGAGGUGUUAACAAGUCAGCAAAAGGGUCCAAUUGUGUAUUUGAGUGAUUCUCAUUCACCAAACCUCUGGGCAAAAUUCCUCCAGCUGAAAGAACAAGACAGGCUCCAAGAAAUGAAGAAAAUGGUUGACUUCCAACAAGAACCUGAUCAUCAUCAAGACCAAACACAAACAUGGUCAUGGAGGAAGCUCUUGAACUCGGUGUUUGGAGCCGGUUCAGAUGACAACAAGAAGAGGGCAGAGGACUAUGACAAGGGAAAAGGAAAAUCACCAGAGCCUUACAACCUCUAUAAUCGAAAACCCGACUUCCGAAACAACUACGGAUGGAGCAUGGAGCUUGACGAAUCGGAUUAUGCGCCAUUGAAAGACUCCGGCGUAGGUCUCUACCUUGUCAACCUCACCGCAGGGGCUAUGAUGGCGCCGCAUGUGAACCCGACAGCAACAGAGUACGGCAUUGUGUUGAGAGGCUCUGGGACAAUACAGAUUGUGUUCCCAAAUGGGACAUCGGCAAUGAACACCAAUAUACAAGACGGUGAUGUGUUUUGGGUGCCGAGGUACUUCCCAUUCUGUCAAAUUGCAUCAAGAACCGGGCCGCUUGAGUUCUUUGGAUUCACAACCUCGGCAAGGAAGAACAGGCCUCAGUUUUUGGCUGGUGCUAGCUCUGUUCUUCAGACACUCAGAGGACCUGAGCUUGCAGCUGCUUUCGGUGUGAGUAAGGAUCGGUUGAGAAAGUUUAUCGAUGCUCAGCGCGAGGCGGUGAUCUUGCCUUCGGCACAAGCAGCACCUCCAUACAAGGAGGACAGGGUGCCAGAAGUGAUCAAGAGUUUUGGAACUGACAUGGUUAUGGGUUUUGAUUAA